UAGAGGAGCACUGAAACUGGGUUUCCAAACUUGGGCCCUUCAAAAGCAUUCCACAUCCAGGCAAGGGUACUGGGCCUUUGUACCUUAACAUUGACCAAGAGACUCAAUAGCCUAUAUACUCCUGGCAGUCAGGGGAAUGAGUGUCUUUGUCCUGGAGGUGGAUUUGGGUGGUAACCACUGUCCACUACAUUGUUACUACUCUGUAUUCCCUUUCACAGCCCCUUUUGACUCUGAAGACAAACAGCUUUCAGAGCCCUGUCCCCACCUCACCUGCCAUCACACACCACACACCUUCACAACAGCCUGCAGUCUCUCAUUCCUGUGCAGAGUGCACACUCACUUCUGAGGGGUCCAGCAAAACAGUUUUCAUAUUGGAAUGUUGUCUGCAUCCAUAUUUGCACACCCCGCUCCCUACCCUGGGUUGGGGCCCUCUAGCUCAUGUCUGUGUACUGAGCACUUAAGAAGUCCUGGAUGGGCUGGUCAAGAUUUCAUGAUCACAGGGAGUACACCCCCUUCCCCUCAAGGAAUCUGUGCCUAGCCCUCCCUACCCCAUCCCACAGUGCAGAUGCUCUUUCCUGUUGGGAAUAAAGCACCAGAGACUCAGCUUCCUUCCUUUCUGUGUGUGACCUUGGGGAGGGAGGGGCCUUGAAGAGAGAGGAGAAGGGAGUUCCUGGGCAGGGAGGUGGGACAGAGGCUUCCUUGGAGAGAGGAAUUCUGCUGCUGCAUGCCAAGGUGCAGGUCAGAGCCACCCAGGUCUCGUGAGCCAGUGGAGGGAGCACCCAGCUCUGCCAUCAGGGCUGGGGGAGAGGGCCACCCUGAAGGCCAAGGCUGUUUACACUGGAGGAAGAACUGCAUGCCUUUUCAAGGCUGCUGAGCUCCAUCCAAACUUUCCUCUGCAACUCAGAGCAGAAGUGAGGGCCAGAGGAGACAUCUGCAAGGAUAAACAGAAACGCUCAACAGGCCAAGGCUUCUCAGGUGCCUUCCAGUCACACCCACUUCCCUCUCAUUUCCUGAGGGGGCUGGGCACGAACCCCCCUCCUCCUGCCUAGAGAGAGGCUGCAGCUCAAAGGGCAUCCACUCUGCCUGCCCUAACCCAGAUCCUCGCACCCACUCCUACCUCAACUCGGGCUUCUCCAGGGCCUGCUAUGGACGCGGCAACCAAGGUUGAAAUGCAGCCUGCACUUUCUCCUGGCUCUUCCUGCCCAGAGCCUGAGUGGCCAGAGCAGGAGAGGGCGGACCAGCUGGCCCGAGGAGCAGCAUUGAAAUGGGCAUCAGGCAUCUUCUACCAGCCAGAGCAGCUGGCCAGGCUGGACCAGUACCGCAGCCGUGAGGUUCAGCGUACCUGCUCCCUGGAAGCACGCAUCAAGUCGGUGGUACAGUCAUACCUGGAGGGUGUGAAGACUGGUGUGUGGCAGCUGGUCCAGGCCCAUGAGGCAGUACAGGGAGCACGUGAGGCCCUGGGCCAGGCCCAUGGGUUGCUCCGGAGCAUGGCUGAGGCCACACAGGAUCUAGAGCCCCUGAGGGAGCAGGUUGCACAGCACAAGCAACUGCAGGCCCUGUCUCAGCUGAUGCCCCGGCUGCGGGCAGUACCAGCUGCGGUGGCCCACACACAGACCCUGAUUGAUGGCCAGCAGCUCUUGGAGGCAUAUGUGAGCCUUCAGGAGCUGGAGCAGUUGCAAGAGGAGACAUGGGCACCUCUAGGGGGGCUGGAGGUGCCAGUCUUCGAGGGGCUGGGUCCUCUGGCUGAGGCUCUGGGUCUGGCUGUGGAGGCAGCUGCAGGGGCUGCAGGGAAGCUGGCCCGGGAGGACCCAGCCCUGCUGGUGGCUGCUAUGCGUGUGGCAGAGUUGGAUGCUGGGCGCACAACCUCCCUUGGGCAGGCCCCCCGCGACUGGCGGCAGCGCUGUCUGCGGGCACUACAGGAGGGCCUGGAGAAGACCCACUUUGGAACACCUCUGCUGCCUGGGCCAGGGGCCCUAGCAGGGUGGCUGGAGGCUCUGCAGGUGGCUCUACCAGCUGAGUUGGCCACAGCUGAGGCACUAAUAGCACCCUGCUGCCCACCAUACUACAAGGUGGUCCAGCUGUGGGCCCACACCCUGCAUGGUGGCCUGCGCCGCUGCCUGCAGCAACUCCUGAAAGGGCCUGAACUGGUAGCUGCUGAUGCGUUCACCUUGCUGCACUGGGCACUGCAUGUGUACCUGGGGCCAGAAAUGAUGGGGAGCCUAGAGUUGGGGCCUGAGGCUGAUGUGUCUCAGUUGGAGCCCCUCCUGACCCUGGAGAACAUCGAGCAGCUAGAGGCAACAUUUGUGGCCAAAGUCCAAGCAAGUGUGGCCCAGUGGAUGCAGAAGGCACUAGAUGGGGAAGUAGCUGAGUGGGGCCGAGAGCAGGAACCUGACAAAGACCCAUCUGGCUUCUACCACUCACCAAUGCCAGCUAUCGUGCUGCAGAUCUUGGAAGAGAAUAUUCGUGUGACCAGCCUGGUCAGUGAGUCACUGCAGCGGCGAGUGCAUGGCAUGGCACUGUCAGAACUGGGCACAUUUCUGAGGAGCUCCUCCGUGUCAGUCCUGCAGUCUGACGGAGUGGCUUCAGGGGUCUUGGCUCCAGUGGAGACAGCGCUGGACGAGUUGCAGAGGAGGAUCUGCCGUCUGGUGUUGGAGGCUCUGCUGGUUGAGCUCCAGCCCCUGUUCGCGGCUCUGCCCUCGCGCCUGUGGCUGUCGAGUUCGGAGCUGCUGGAAGAUGUGUGUGAACGGACGGCGCGCUUCUGCAGGGACUUCCAGCGAGUGCGGAAUCCCGCGGUCCAGCUGCUGCUGGCCGAGGCGGAGCGUACCGUGGUGCUGCAGUACCUUCGUGCGCUGAUGCAAGGCCGCCUAGUGUGCCGCGGUGCGGACGAGAGAACCAAGGCAGCUGAGCGCUUGAAGCAUGAUGCAGCCCAGCUUCGGGAGCUUUUCCUCGGUUUGGGCCUGGAGGAAAGCGUUCAGUGUGCGCCGGUGCUGCUCGCUCUGCGGGAGUUGCUGAACCUCCGCGAUCCCACACUGCUUGGCCUCGAGGUAGCAGGCCUACGCCAAAAAUUUCCGGAUGUGAGCGAGGAUCACAUCUCUGCCCUCUUGGACCUGCGCGGGGAUGUGUCCCGAGAGCAGCGCCUGGCUGCACUCAUAUCCCUGCAGUCCCUCCCACAGCCCUCGCAGCCCGCGUGCCACCGCGCACUCUUCAGCCUGGUGCCAGCACCCACGCCCACGCCGUCCUCUUGCCUCCCCUCGGGGUCUUGUGCCUGACACCCGGCUAUCUGCAGAAUAAAGCCACGGCCCCCGUACGCCUAAAUUGUGUUGGGGAGGGGGAGAUGAAAUAAAAGUGCCCGCGAAGAUUAGGGGUCCACGCGCAGUGGCACGUCUAAGGUA